AUGUCUUUAAAUACUCCGCAGAACCUCCCAGAAAUCAUUUUAAUAGUUUCUUUGAUCUGUACUGUUGGAGCAUUCGUGAACAUGUAUUUGAAAGACUUUCCAAUUCCUCUUCCUGUAAUAUUAUUUUUAAUUGGAUACAGUUUUGAAAUCCUAAGUUUUGCAUCUUUCCAGGGACACAGCUACCUGAAACAAAUAGAAACAGAAUAUGAGCGAUACAUUGUAGGUCUUUCUAGAGGCCUCACAAAUUUAAUUAAUGGAGAAAGUUUGAUGACCUCUAUUAUAUCAUUAAUCAUGUAUAGGAGUGUUGUGAAUAUUAAUCUGAAAAGAAAACACAUGAUGAAUAGCACCAUUGUUCGUGAUGCCCUGGGUGGAAUUUGGUCAUACUUUAUAGAAAGUUUCUUAUUUGGAAUUAUAAAUUCAAAACUGAUGCAGUUAUGGAUGUCCACUGUUUUUGGUGAUGAUGUCAAUCAUAUAAGUCUCAUCUUUUCAAUUCUGUACCUCGUCUUUUAUUUUUGUGAGUUAGUCGGAAUGUCUGGAAUAUUUACUCUGGCAACUAUGGGACUUUUUUUAAAUUCAACAAGUUUUAAACCAGGAGUUGAAUCACUUCUUCUCGAAUUCUGGAAUUGUCUAUCUUUUGUUGCUUUUCUCAUGGUGUUCACUUUCAUUGGACUUCUGAUUCCUGCAUAUACAUAUUUAUACAUCUCAUUUUCUGAUAUAUAUUAUUCAUUAAACAUCUACUUCACACUCAUUAUUUUAAGACUUCUGGUCAUUCUGCUGAUGAGCCCAUUUUUAUCUCGACUGGGGCACGGGUUCAGCUGGCGCUGGGCUUUCAUCAUGGUGUGGAGUGAGAUGAAAGGAACACCCAACAUCAAUAUGGCUCUUCUGCUCGCCUACUCAGACCUGACCCUUGGAUCGGAGAGGGAAAAGUCACAAGUACUCUUUCAUGGAGUAUCAGUCUGCUUAAUUACCCUGGUUGUCAAUAGGUUUAUUUUGCCUAAGGCUGUCACUAAACUUGGUCUUCGGGAUGUCACAUCAACAAAAUACAAAUCCGUUUAUUAUACAUUUCAACACUUUCAAGAGCUAACCAAAUCUACAGCUUCUACACUCAAAUUUGACAAAGACCUUGCUAAUGCUGACUGGAACAUGGUGGACAAGGCUAUUGUACUUCAAAACCCAUAUGCAUUGAACCAAGGAGAAACAACGGAACAUCAGAAGGUUAAAUGUCCACACUGUAACAAGGAAAUAGAUGAGACCCUUAAUACUGAAGCAAUGGAGCUUGCCAACAGGCGCCUCUUGUCAGCACAAAUAGCAAGCUACCAGAGACAAUACAGAAAUGAGACUUUGCCCCAGAAUGCAGUUCAGGUGCUAGUAGGUGCAGCAGGAAGCUUCGGAGAGAAGAAAGGAGAGCAUAUGAGUCCUGAGACAAUAAAGACUUAUUCUGAGAGCAGAAAAUUGUUUGCCUUCAUUAGAAAAGUACUUCUCAACUGGGUAUAUAAUACCAAAAAAGAGAAAGGUACACCAUCCAGAUAUAUCAGUCUUCGUUUAUGCCAUAAAAUAGUAUUUGCUGAAGAGUUUGAGUAUAUCGGAUACCUGGUGGUAGUCAUGAACAUGUAUCCUAUGGCCCUCUCUUGGCUAUCCCAACUAAAGGACAUCUAUGAUCUUGAGAUAAGACAUGCUAACUACUAUUUUCUUGCCUUUUACAUUCUGGAGAGUCUGCUUAAGAUGGCGGCAAUAAGGAAGGAAUAUUUUUCACAGGCUUGGAACCUAUUUGAGUUAGGAAUUACAUUAGUUGGCAUCUUAGAUAUAAUACUUAUAGAGACAGGAACCAUUAGUUAUACUCUUGAAUUAGUUGAAACUGUAGUUUUUAUGAAAAUUACUCGACUCCUUCGCAUCCUACGCCUUUUAAAGCUUGUAACACCAAAAUUACUGCAGAUAAUAGAUAAAAGAAUGAGUCACCAAUUGUCUUUUCACUAUGCUAUAUUAAAAGGCUAUGCUCAAGGAGAGGCAGAUGUACUGAAUAUAAUCGACCAGAUUGCAAGUUCCAAGCAGGUUAAGCAGAUCUUAUUAAAUCGGGUAACAAGGAAUAUGGAACUUGCCAGGAGAGAGCUAGGCUACUUCGAGUAUGAUCACCCAGAAAUCACUAUUACUAUGAAAACCAAGGAAGAGAUUAAUGUCAUGCUUAAUAUGGCCAAAGAAAUUGUCAAUGUUUUCAAGUCAAAAGGAAUUCUUCAUAAAAUCGAAAGUUCUGAAAUCAAUAAACUAAUCAUGGCCAAAAAAAGAGAGGUGCUUGAUUUUCAAUCUAUUGUCAGCUCUCCACCCAUUGAUGAAACUUUGUAUCAUAUUCCAUGGCUUGCUAAAGAUGACAAGUGUAGUCAAUUUAUUCAGGAAAAAGCCAAAAUUUUAACUUACGAUUGUGGAAAUGAUAUAUUUGAAGAAGGGGAUGAGGCCGAAGGAAUCUAUAUAAUUAUUUCAGGCAUGGUAAAGGUAAAGCAAAGUAGGCCUAAUUUGAAAUUAGAAAGGAUAAGGAAUUCUUCCCAGGAGAUCCCAAAAAUAACUUUGGAUUCUAUCAACUUUCAGAUACAAGGCAUUGAGAAUUUUACGAAAGUAAUGAUUAUUCAAACAUCAAUUAAUAUGAAAAAAUCCAAACUAAACCCUAGAAAGUAUAUAUCAUCACAGAAACUUUCUCUGGAAUCAACAUUAAUAGCCCAGUGCCGAAAGACUGUGACCUUUAUGGCAUUCUUCACAUGUGUGCCUCCAAUGCUCCUCCCUAGCCUCUUCCUCCCUCUGCUGAUGCCCUUCUCCUUUCAGCUCUGGGUACAAGAGGCCAGAGCUACACAGCCGCUCCUUCAAGUCUGGAGCUGCCUGUCAGAGGAGAAGGCACAACGAAGGAAGUGGUAA